AUGAUUUGUUCUUAUGAUUUAUGCAAUAAAUUGAUAAGUUUAGAUUCCUUAAUGAAUGGGCUGACAAUAUAAUGUUUAUGGUGUCCAAAUGCUUUUUAUUGCUGCGAAAUUUGUAGACAAUAGGAUAGGUACUAUUAGAAAGUAAUUAACUGUUAGCAAGCAUUAAUAAUUAUGUGGAGGGUCAUAGCAAUAAGUUCUUGUAGACAAAUCAAAUAUUAUAAAAGAAAUGCAAUUAUUAGAAUAAAUAGGAUAAGGGAGUUUUGGAACAGUGCAUAAAAUAUCAAUAUAAGGCUAAUUAUAUGCUUUAAAGAAGAUGAAUAAAAAUAAAUGUUCAAAGGAAGUUAGAAUACAUAAGCAUUUGAAUCAUAAAAACAUAAUUUAGUUUCAUUACUUCAUAGAAGAUGAUGAUUAUAUAUAUAUAAUUAUGGAAUAUGCAUGUAAAACAUUGUUAAUUUUUAGCUCAGGGCACAUUAACAUAGAAUAGAGAGAAUUGUAAUAUUCAAAGCAUCUUCAUACAAUUAUGUGAAGCUAUCAUGUAUCUUCAUUAAAAGGGUAUUAUUCAUAGAGAUUUAAAACCUGAUAAUAUUUUAUUAGACAAAAAUGGGAAUCCUAAAAUUUGUGAUUUUGGCUUAGCUACAUAUGAAAGUGUAAUAAGUAGUUUUUCUGGAACAUUUGAAUUUAUGGCACCAGAAGUAAUUAAGAAUUUACCUUAAACCAAAAAAAUUGAUGUAUGGUCUUUAGCUGCUAUAUUAUACUGGUUGCUGGAAAACAAACCAUUAGUAUAAGGUUUAAUAAUAAACAAAUUUAGGCAAUUAGCUAGAAAAGAUUCAGUAAAUUCUAGAUUUUACGUCACCUAAAUUUACAAAAAUAACAAAUCCAUUAAUUAAAGAUCUAUUAAAUCAGAUGCUACUACCAGAUCCUGAUAAUAGAAUUUCAUUGUAAGGUGUGCUAAAUCAUAAAUGGAUAUAAAGCAUAAAUACAAUAGAGAAAGAAAUUAAUGAUAUUUCUACAUAGCCAAGUGUUUAAAAAUAACAAUAAAUAGAAAUUUAAUAAUAAAUGUAAAAACAAAAUAUAAGCAUUUUGUAAAAAGUUGUAUCACUUUUUGGUUGCGGAGGGAGAGAAAAACUGUUUUGA